GGUCGAAACGGCAACUGGAUGCAUUAGUCCACGCGUUUUCGUUAUAUUAUUACUUAACGUUGCUUGUUUUAAUCUCAAUCGGUAGAUAAACAAUUACAGUCGAUGAGUAGGUGUUUGUACACCGUGAAAAUUGGCGGGAACAGGGUGCGACGCGACGCGUAAUUCAUUUCUAACGUGCUAGCUUAACUAAUGGCGCCCCGCUUUAUUUGACAACAGUCGCACGUAAACAAGAGACAUCAGACUUGUUGCCAGCCAGUUUGUGGUUGUGUUUACUUCUGAGGUCUUUCCGGUGUCCUAAUUUCUGUUUCGGCACCAUUUGUGGUCUUAUAGUUGAAUUAUUGAUCUCGAAGCUGUUAGCACAGCUCGCGCUCUUGGUAUAAACAUGACUGAGUGUUAUAUUCGCGUCGCGGAGGAUGAGAACGAGGAGCCUAUGGAGAUACCGUCCGAGGAGGACGGCACCGUCCUGCUCUCCUCCGUCGCCGCGCAAUUUCCCGGAGCCUGCGGCCUUCGAUACCGUAGCCCCGUGUCUCAGUGCAUGAGAGGGGUCCGACUGGUGGAGGGGGUUCUUCAUGCACCUGAAUCAGACUGGGGCAAUCUGGUGUACGUGGUCAACUAUCCAAAAGAUAACAAGAGGAAGAUGGAUGAAAUGGAUGCUGCAUCGGCAGUGAAGAUCAAGAGAGGUGUGCAGAAGACAUCAGAUUUGAUUGUGCUUGGGUUGCCGUGGAAAACAACAGAGCAAGACCUUAAAGAUUACUUCAGCACUUUUGGAGAAGUGAUCAUGGUGCAGGUGAAAAGAGAUGCAAAAACGGGAAAUUCCAAAGGAUUUGGCUUUGUAAGAUUUACAGACUACGAAACACAAAUAAAAGCCAUUUCCCAGCGGCAUAUGAUUGAUGGAAGAUGGUGCGACUGCAAACUUCCAAACUCAAGGUAUUUCCUGGAACAGGCUGGCCCGGAUGAGCCUAUGAGAAGCAGGAAAGUAUUUGUGGGCCGCUGCACCGAGGACAUGUCAGCUGAUGAGCUUAGACAGUUUUUUAUGCAGUACGGCGAAGUCACAGAUGUGUUCAUUCCCAAACCUUUCCGAGCCUUUGCCUUUGUCACCUUUGCUGAUGAUCAGGUUGCCCAGUCUCUGUGUGGUGAGGACCUGAUCAUUAAAGGAACCAGUGUGCACAUAUCCAACGCUGAGCCUAAGCACAAUAAUAGUAGGCAAAUGAUGGAUCGUGGGCGGUUUGGGGGGUUUGGGGGGCAGGGCUUUGGCAAUAGUCGCAGUCCCAACAGCAAUGUGAAUUUUGGGGCCCUUAGCAUGAAUCCAGCCAUGAUGGCAGCUGCUCAAGCAGCACUUCAGAGUAGCUGGGGCAUGAUGGGAAUGCUGGCCAAUCAGCAGAGUCACACAGCCGCUUCUGGCACCACCCCAAGCGGACAGAACAGCGCUAGUAGAGAUCAGAACCCAAAUUACAACACAGGCAGCAAUAGCUACAACACCGGCAGCUCAGCUAGUCUUGGGUGGGGGGCGGGAACCAAUUCAGGCUCGAGCGGUGGGUUCAACUCCGGUUUUGGUUCUAGCAUGGAGACAAAGUCCAGCUGGGGAAUGUAGAGAGAUUUCAAUUGGGUCUUGAAGUAUCCUUAUAUCUAGAUUAUAUGGUAAGUAUGUUGAGAGAAGAAAGUUUAGUCAGAUAUUGUGUCCCUUAAAUGUUUGCCUUUGAUUUUGUAAAACUUAAUGUUCUUUGAAUACAUAUAAUGAUUGCUCUUUAAGAUUAAUUUAGAGUUGAAUUUGUUAGAAAUGAAAUGAACACUAAGUUUUUUUUUUUCCUUAUAAAUAUAAUUUAUUUUGUGUCAGGCAUUCAGUAUGCCCACAUAUCUGAGCGUCUCUUACCAUUUCAGUGCCCUCUCAGCGUACUGUACAUUUAAAUGUCCUUCAUGUGGAAAGCCAUUUGAGUUGUGUUCUCUGCAGUUUUUUUUCCCCUCAACGUUUUUUAUGGUCAAGCCUUCAUAAAUCUCUUCUACAGUUCAUCACCUCUUUUCCAAUUUCCCGGGAAGAAGCCCCUCGUUGGCCGCAAUGCUCGAGCGAUCUCAGUAUCCAUUCCCUUCUUCCCAUGUGUAAAUGCUUUGCCAUCAAAGAGCACAGCUUCACUCUGCAUAUACUGUGUUAGACGGUGGGUGUUGUCUUUUUUCCCCCCUUUUCAUGGAUGAAAUCUUUUUUGAGAGCUGAGAGUGAUAUGGUGAUGGAUUGUUGGUGCGUCACAAGUGAGAGACUGAAUGAGCGAACGCGCUGAGAGAGAGAGAGAGAGAACUUGAACGCAAGUGUGCGAUGCUGAAAAGCGACUUGAUGACUGUGAGAAGAAACUGUGUGAACGAGUGUGAACGAAGGCAGCGAGUGUUUUUUCUGUAAGACCAUCAGAAGGACAUUCAUUUACAUUCUUCUGUCCCUCUUGUUCUGUCUACCUUCCUCCCUUUCUUAUAUUGCAAUCAUAUUUAAAGAGCUGCAUUUAAAAAAAUGAUGCCCCCCCCCCCCCCCCCCCAAAAAAUGAUGUAGUGAAAUGUUUGUGACCUGAGUAUUUGUGUUCUUGCUUAAUAGUUUGAUGUGAAUGCUGUGUAUGGUGUGCGCUCACUGUUACUGAACUCAUGUGUGAUCGUGAUGUGAUGCUGUGAGUGGUGAAUGAGGGCGAGCGUGAGCUUUGAGUGGCUUAAUAGGGGUGAUGUAUUGAUGAAAGUGAAGAAUGCUUUAAGAAGAGGUUGCUUUUGUUGUGUUUUGAAUGCUUUUUAUGUUUUGUGACUCUAAGGGAACUCAAAUAAAAAAAAUAAUUUGACUAGUUA